AAAAAAAAAAAAAAAAAAAAAAAAAAAGUUUUUAUUAAAUAUUCUAUUGUUGUACAAUUAAAGUUCUUUAUGCCUUUGUAGAAAAGUCGAAAAAAAAAAUUUUUUAAUUUUGAAAUUUUUCAUAAAACAUCUUUAGACAAUUUACGUGUGCGUACGUGUGUAUAUCAUGAUAUAAUUAAUUGUGAAUUUAUUAACACAAGAGCGACUAAAUCUGUAUUAGAUUUACAAACUAUUGUUAUAUUAUUGUUGUUGGUAAGCAUUAUUUAAACAUUGGUGCCAUUUGAUCUUUAUUUGGAGAACCUGCCAAUGCAGUGAAAGUUUACAUUUAAAGAUUUUACUAGAAAGCUCAAGGUUUUAAGUGCGUCCAGUUCCUUGCAACAUCUACAAGAUGUAUCCAUUCGGCUCCGGUAUGCCACAACCACAUGCCACUGCCUCACCCUAUAAUAAUAAUUCUGGUCCCAGUCCACCACCAGCCGGUGCACCUUUCGGAGGUGGUUGGAUACCACCGAUACCGCAAACACAACAUCAUUAUCAGAAUCACCCACAGCAUCAACAACAACAACUACAACAUCAUCAACAACAUCAACAACAACAGCCAUCUCAUAAUACAGCACCUUAUCCCACGACCCCAAGCUAUCCCUCCUCCACUCCUUAUCCAUCUGCAUAUCCACCCUAUCCGGCAGUUAAUCAAUCAUCAACAAUUCCCUAUCCCGGCUCUUCUUAUCCCCACAAUCCCCAGCACAUACCAUACCCGCAAACUAAUAAAAAUCAAGCUCAUUUUAUAUCAUCACCAUCAACAACCGGGCAUCCAUCGUCAUAUGCGCCCAAUCAUGGUUACACACCGGUAAUGACAGCUGGUGGUUAUGAGUCUCCGGCUGGUAAUAUGGCUCACUGCUUCAAUGAAUUGGCACAACGUCAAGGUCAAUCCACGUCAAUGCCACGUCAAAACGCUCUACGCAAGGAGGGUACUCCGACCGUAUUGCCAGCACAAAAUUUUGAUCCCGUCAAAGAUGCUCACGAUUUACGUAAAGCCAUGAAAGGCUUCGGUACUGAUGAAGAUACUUUAAUUAAUAUUAUAUGCCGUCGUUCCAACGAACAAAGACAAGAAAUCCAACGUCAAUAUAAGACACAUUUUGGUAAAGAUCUUAUCGAGGAUGUCAAGUCGGAAACGAGUGGCAAUUUCCAAAGACUUUUGGUUGGUUUAUUGCGUCCUAUUGUUGAUUUCUAUUGUGCCGAAUUAAAUGAUGCUAUGGCUGGAAUAGGAACCGAUGAAGAUGUUUUAAUUGAAAUCUUAUGUACUCUCUCUAAUUACGAGAUACAUACGAUUAAAAAUCAAUAUUUAAGAUUGUACGGUGCUCAUUUGGAAUCCGAAUUAAAAUCGGAGACAUCGGGCAAUUUUAAGCGUUUAUUGGUCUCUUUGUGCACAGCAGCCAGGGAUGAAAGUGGUCGUACCGAUCCGGUGGCGGCUCAAAAUGAUGCGCGUGAAUUGCUUAAAGCUGGCGAAUUGCGUGUCGGCACCGACGAAAGUAUGUUUAAUAUGAUUCUGUGUCAGCGCAAUUAUCAACAAUUAAAAUUGAUAUUCCACGAGUAUGAACGAAUGACUGGGCAUUCGUUGGAGAAGGCUAUUAAAAAGGAAUUCUCGGGUGAUAUCAUGGAAGGUCUGAUUGCUAUCUACCGUUGCGUUACAAAUAAAGCGGAAUAUUUUGCGUCACGUUUAUACAAAAGUAUGGCCGGUAUUGGUACUAACGAUAAACAACUAAUACGCGUAGUUAUAACGCGUUGUGAGAUCGACAUGGCGGAUAUAAAGGUUGCUUUUGAGCGUUCAUAUGGCAAGAGCUUGAAAAGCUGGAUUAAAGGUGACACCUCAGGCCACUACAAGCAUGCCUUAUAUGCUUUGGUAGGAGAGCAACGUUCUUCUUAAAUCCUUGUAAAAUGAUAAAGUUCAACAAAAACUUUCAUCACUUUCUUUAAUCGAAUAUCCUACAAACACAAAAACAAAAAAGUAAUAAAACACUGAUAAAAUGUUAUUAUUAAAACAAAAUCUUUUUAUAUGUGUACAACAACAAGCUUCUUAUUAUAUACAAAAGAAAAAACGAAAACAAAAACAAAAA